UCCUCCAACCGCGGCCGCGAGCACAAGAAGCGCAACCGCGUGCGCAUAUGAAGCGGGCAGGGCCAGCUACGCAAGACCAUUCUGCCUAUCCACUACAACCUGCGAACAAACUCGUUCCAGCAUCUAGAACCGUCACUUUGCUCCAGACGUAGUAGCGAGCGUACUUUCAUACCCGCAAGACCGCCGCCCUUCGCACUCCCCAAGCUGCAGCGCGCAGCCUGGCUUCGACCUACGCCUUCAACACUGCGAGAGCCUUUUUUCCUCUAGGCUACCACCACGCAGCCUCCAUGCGCAGCACUAUCACGCUUAGCAUCCUCGCACCCGUAUAAAAAGCCACAAACCCACGCCCAUCGGCAACAUCGCAAACAGCAGAUCCGUCCCGAUCCCGCGAUACACACCGUCACCAGCCAUACUACGCGCUACUACACAACCAUGUCUGCACAAACGUCCAAGACGAUAACCACGAGCACGUCCGCGCCACUUAGCGCGCCGACGUCGCCGCCACCCGCCUCAGCCCCUUGUCACAAGGUGAUCACAGCCUUGCUCUCGCCGGGCCGGGCCGAUCGGCUGACAGAGGGCAGAGAGACUGGCAUGGCCAAAGCGUAGGGAUGGAAGGAACUUUUAGGAAGCCGUGGACGAGAAAGUCGAGAAUGCCAAGGUGGUAGACUUUAGCUCUUUUAACGCAGGCAAAGAGUAAUGGAUUGGUUAUAAUUGGGGAGAAGACUCGGAUAGGGUAGAGAGGUGAGUUGCUAAGAUUACUACAUUACUCUUAGGUGUAGCGGGUCUGGUGUAUCAUUUCAGAUAUGCUUAUCCCUUUUUUUUUUUUUUUUUUUUUUUUUUU